AUGGAUUUACCUGGGCCAAUACAUGAAAUUCUUGUGCUAUUUGGGGGAUUUGUUCUUCUACUAGGGGGUCUAGGGGUGGUAUUACUUACCAACCCAACUUUUUCUGCUUUUUCGCUAGGAUUAGUUCUUGUUUGUAUAUCCUUAUUCUAUAUUUUAUUGAAUUCCUACUUUGUAGCUGUGGCACAACUUCUUAUUUAUGUGGGAGCUAUAAAUGUCUUGAUCAUAUUUGCCGUAAUGUUCGUAAAUGGCUCAGAAUGGUCUAAAGAUAAGAAUUUUUGGACUAUUGGAGAUGGAUUCACUUCACUCGUUUGUAUAACUAUUCCUUUUUCACUAAUGACUACUAUCCCAGAUACGUCGUGGUAUGGAAUUCUUUGGACUACAAGAUCAAACCAAAUAGUAGAACAAGGUCUCAUAAAUAACGUUCAACAAAUUGGGAUUCAUUUAGCAACCGAUUUUUAUCUUCCAUUUGAACUCAUUUCCAUAAUUCUUCUAGUUUCUUUAAUAGGUGCAAUUACUAUGGCUCGGCAAUAA